UCUUACAGAUUUUCAGCACGCCAGAUAUGUCUGAAAAGAAUGGGCAGACCAAAUCGCUCGAAGCAAAGUUACCCUGGUACUACAAUGUAUACAAUACCAUCAAGGAUACGCCCAUUAAUCUGACGCUGCUUCUCGUCUCGGCCUUUGUUUUCUAUAAAGUGGUUAACAUUACCCGCCAACGGCGUAAUCUUAAUCGUAUCCGGACUUUCUUUGGCUACGACAAAGGCAAUCAGAUAUCGCAGCUACCGCCGCUGCAUCGUGAUUUUACCGUUAAAGAGUUACUCGAAUAUAAUGGCACUCAAGAAGAUGGACGUAUUCUGGUAGCGGUCAAUUUUAAUGUAUAUGAUGUGUCCUGUGCCAAGCACUUUUAUGGCGAGGGUGGCACAUACCCUCAGUAUGCAGGCUGUGAUAUAUCGCGCAGUCUAAUUAACUUUUCAGCGGAGCGAAAUGACUGUCUGGACUUUGAUGAUCUUAGCGAUUUAACUGCAAAGCAGAGGAGCACAUUAGUGGAGUGGGAUCAACAAUAUGCUGAAAAAUAUCCUCUUGUUGGCCAUUUAAUGCGUGAAGAAGAGCCACCCAUAAUUGAUGCAAACGAAGAGGACAAAAACGCGGAACUUGAGAAAUUAUUGGAAGAAUACAACAUGUAACUUAUUUAAAAAUUUAUUGUUACAAACCUCAAAUACAUGUAAACUGAAAAAAAAUUAAAAAGCU